CAGCCACAGCGGGGUUACACAGCAGCCUGCUACCGUUACCGUUGAGCCAAACUGUACAACUCCCCGGGGCAAUUACCGUCUAACUUCUUAGACACGGGGUGGUUUUGUGUCUUAUUUUGGCCGGUAAAAGGUAGCAGUGAUGCCGAAGAAAAAAGUCGCCAAAGUAAAGAGGGCGAAAGCCGGGAAAGGAAAAAAAGAGGGCAAACAGGAGUCCAAGGCGGACAAGGAGUCGGACACGGAGAAGGCCAAGGCCAACGCGGCUCUGUGGGAGCUGAGGUUAGAGGUCACCGACCGGUCGCUCGUGCAGUACCGGGACGCCUGCCGCAAGUUGGCGCGAGCCAACGAGGAGCUGACCAACCAGCUGUACCGCGCGGAGAAAGACAGCAUCGACAUCACGGGUUUUCUGAAGAGACAGGACGCGGUCAAAGAGGAGAAGAUCAAUAUGCUGCUGAAAAGCCUCAAAAGCCAGGAGGCCCUCGCACGUGAAGAGCAAAACAAACUGGUUGGAAAUUACACACUUCAAAUCAAUGAGAUGCAGGAACUGUUCAGAAAGAAGUCCAGUGACUUUAACAUGAUCCAGGAUGGAAUGAAGAAAAUUAAGGAGUUUCAGAAGAGGAAAGCCCAGAUGGAGCAGGAGCUCAGUGAUAUGAGAGAAAACAUGGAUGUUGCUGACAAAGAGCACAGGGAAAACCUCAAUGAAAUGGAGUACCGAUUCCUCCAAGAAAAGGUUCGCCUGGAGAAGGAAGCUGAGCAAACUAUAUCCCUGGUAGUGGAGAAAGCCCACAAUGAAGCCAUUGUGCAGUUGGACGAUGCCUCGCGCUCUGUGUUCAAGGAGAAUGUCCGUCUCAACGAAGCGCUGAAAUAUCACAUAAAGGAAGCAGAGGAACUGCAGAAAUUGACACAUUCACUGGAGAAAGAAAAUGCCUUGCUGGAAGUAGACAAGAACACGAUUGAGUUGUUGGUAAAGAAGAACGCAGCUCAGAUGGAGGCCCAAAAAAAGGAAAUAUCUAAACUGAGAGCCAAGGUAGCUUCCCUGGAGGAGGCCCUAGAGCUAAAAUCUGGGGAACCUGAGCGAGAGAAGGAGGAGGAGAAGGAAAGGACCCUGGUCAGCAUCCAGGCCAGCCAGGUAGAGCUGGAGAAGCUGCAGAAAGUGCUUGCCAUGCGGGAGAGGGAAUUGGGACACAUCAAGCGGCUAGCGAGCACCAUUGUAGAGCAGCGCACAGAGCUGGAGCUGUUCUUCCAUGAGGCUGUGGCUCAGGUGAAGCAGGAGAUCACAGCCAGCAGGCAGCAAUACAAAAAGGAGGCACUGCACGCUUAUCGCUGGAGGCUGAGAGAAGCCACAGCCGGAAAGCUGAAGUUCCCACCCAUCCGCACCUUUCAUAAAAGCCCCCACAGUACCAACUCUGUCCAUUCAGACCUGGAGGCGGCUGCAAGGUGGCCUCAUCAACCUGGCAGCAAAGUUCAAAUCUCAGAUCUGACUUGGGAGCAGAAGGAACAAGUGCUCAGGCUUCUCUUUGCUAAAAUGAACGGGCAGAGGGAAAGGAAGGCCAGCCAACAUCUGGCUUGGUCUGCCUCCUCUGAGAAGAAGAACCUUAUUGACAGCGAUGCAGCCGGAAUUAGGGAGGAGCUCUCCCCAGCGACCUUCAUCACCCAGGCGCCUGAGCCCGUUCUGCCCUCCAACCCAAACAGCCUACCGGAUAUACACACCACAUGA